AUGCCCGGCCUGCUGAAUCGGAGCACAGGGGCAGCUCUGCCCCUCACCGCGUCCGACGUCACCUCCUUCGUCAGUGGUUACGCCCUGGGCCUAACCGCCUCCCUCACCUAUGGCAACCUGGAAGCCCAGCCCUUCCAGGGCCUCUUCGUGUACCCACUGGAUGAGUACACCACGGUGAUCGGCUUUGAGGCGGUCAUUGCCGACCGCAUCGUGACGGUGCAGAUCAAGGACAAAGCCAAGCUGGAGAGCAGCCACUUCGAUGCCUUCCAAGUCCGAUCCCCAACUGUCACAGGGAACAUUCUGCAAGAGGGGGUUUCCAUCGCCCCUCAUUCCUGCACACCGGGAAAGGUGGCCCUGGAUGAGGAUUUGGAGCGGAUCCUGUUCGUGGUCAACCUGGGCACAAUCGCCCCCAUGGAGAACGUCGCUGUCUUCAUCAGCACCUCCUCGGAGCUCCCCACGCUGCCCAGCGGGGCCGUGAGGGUCCUGCUGCCUGCUGUCUGUGCCCCGACUGUACCCCAGUUCUGCAGCAAGAGCUCUGGCACCUCUAACCAACAGGCCCAGGGCAAAGACAGACAUUGCUUUGGCACCCGGGCCCUGGACUCCUGGAGCAAGUUGUGCCUGGCCACUCUUCUGGACACCGAUGUGUCCAACCCCAUGGAAUAUGACUUCAACUUCCAGCUGGAGAUCCGUGGGCCGUGUCUGCUCGCAGGGGUGGAGAGUCCCACCCACGAAAUCCGUGCCGACGCGGCCCCAUCUGCCUGCUCCGCCAAGAGCAUCAUCAUCACCUUGGCCAACAAGCACACCUUCGACCGGCCCGUGGAGAUCCUCAUCCACCCCAGUGAGCCCCACAUGCCACACGUCCUGAUGGAGAAAGGGGACAUGACCCUGGGAGAGUUUGAGCGGCACUUGAGGGGAAGAAUGGAUUUCAUUAAAGGGAUGAAGAAGGACAGCAGUGCAGAGCGGAAGACAGAAAUCAUCCGGAAACGCCUCCACAAGGACAUUCCCCACCACCCUGUCAUCAUGCUCAACUUCUGUCCUGACCUCCAGUCAGUCCAGCCGAACCUAAGAAAGUCCCACGGAGAGUUCAUCUUCCUCAUCGACAGGAGCAGCAGCAUGAGUGGGAACAGCAUCCACCGCGUCAAGGAUGCCGUGCUGGUGGCUCUUAAGAGCCUCAUGCCAGCCUGCCUCUUCAAUGUCAUUGGGUUUGGAUCCACAUUUAAGACCCUCUUUCCUUCCAGCCAGACCUACAGUGAGGAGAGCUUGGCCAUGGCCUGUGAUAACAUCCAGAGGAUGCGGGCUGACAUGGGUGGCACCAACAUCCUCUCCCCUCUCAAGUGGAUCAUCCGGCAGCCCGUGCACCAAGGCCACCCGCGGCUGGUCUUCCUGAUCACGGAUGGCGCCGUCAACAACACGGGGAAGGUGCUGGAGCUGGUGCGAAACCACGCCUUCUCCACCAGGUGCUAUAGCUUUGGAAUUGGACCCAACGUCUGCCACAGACUGGUGAAGGGGCUGGCAUCUGUGUCCAAGGGCAGUGCUGAGUUCCUGGUGGAGGGGGAGCGGCUGCAACCCAAGAUGGUCAAGUCCUUGAAGAAGGCCAUGGCCCCAGUGCUGAGUGAUGUGACCGUGGAGUGGAUCUUCCCCGAGACCACCGAGGUCCUGAUCUCGCCUGUCAGCACCAGCUCCCUCUUCCCUGGAGAACGGUUGGUGGGAUAUGGCAUUGUGUGUGAUGCCUCCUUGUACGUCUCCAAUCCCAGAUCUGACAAGAGGCGACGGUACAGCAUGCUGCACUCUCAGGAGUCCAGCAGCUCCGUCUUCUACCACUCUCAGGAUGAGGGACCUGGGCCGGACAGUGGAGACUGUGCCAAGAACUUGGAAGCACCCUUCAACCUGGGGCAGGCCAAAGAUGCCUGGCCAGUCAGUGGAGACUCCACCACCAAUCCUGAUCUGAACCUCUCCCAGCGACGGAGGGCGUACAGCACCAACCACAUCACCAACCACAAGCCCCGCCCAAGGGCCACCACGGCCAGCGACCCCACGGUGGCUGCCAGGAGAUACCCGCUGCGGAAAGCCCGGCUGCAGGACCUCACCAACCAGACCAGCCUGGAUGCCCAGCGGUGGCACACUGGCUUGCAGCCCUUGCUGAACUGUGGCCAGGACCUGAGCCAGGGACCCAAACUCCGAGGCCCAGGGGCCCGCAGGCCCUCUCUGCUACCCCAAAGCUGCCAGCUCUUCCCACCCUCAGGCCAGGAGUCCCUGGCCUGGAGCCCCAUGAGGGAGCAGGAUCCUGGGUCCAGCCUGAAGCCUGCCUCAGACAGCCGCAGCCCUGGGGACCUGGACCCGUCCCAUCACCCCUCCGCCUUCGAGACCGAGACGUCCUCGGACUGGGAGCCCCUGGCCGAGGCCGAGGAGCGGGCCAGUCCCGGCAGGCCCGCCACCCCAGGCCCGGUGCUGGGCAAGGCGCUGGUCAAAGGCCUGCGCGACAGCCAGCGCGUGCAGUGGGAGGUGAGCUUCGAGCUGGGGCCCCCCGGCCCGGAGCGGCGCGACGACGACCUGUGGAGCGAGACCUUCCACCACCUGGCGGCCCGCGCCAUCAUCCGCGACUUCGAGCAGCUGGCGGAGCGCGAGGGCGACAUCGAGCAAGGCUCCAACCGCCGCUACCAGGUGAACGCAGUGCACACCAGCAAGGCCUGCAGCGUCAUCAGCAAAUACACAGCCUUCGUGCCUGUGGACGUGAGCAAGAGCCGGUACCUGCCCACCGUGGUGGAGUACCCCAACUCCGGUGCUGCGCUGCGGAUGAUCAGCUCCCGGGUCCUGACCCGACAGUGGAGGGACGCCUCUGCUGGCUUCGGACGGUCCCAGACCACGCUCAGAGAGGACUCGGCAGCUGGAGAUGAUCCCCUGCGCAGUCUGGCCACCAAUACCCUUUCUCCCACGAAGGCCUCAGAGACUCUCUUUGGCUCCAGGCUGAAGCUCAACAAGUCCAGGCUGCUGACGCGGGCGGCCAAGGGCUUCCUGAGCAAGCCGCUGGGCAGAGCUCCGGAGCCCACCUCGGGGAGCCAGAGCUUCGACUAUAUACCACUGGUGUCUCUGCAGCUGGCCUCCGGAGCCUUCCUGCUCAACCAAGCCUUCUGCGAGGCCAUCCACAUCCCCAUGGAGAAGCUCAAGUGGACCUCGCCCUUCACCUGCCACCGGGUGUCGCUCACUGCCCGUCAGUCCGGGUCUAAGACCCCGAGUCCCCAGCUGUGCACCAGCCCCUCGUCUCGGCAUCCCUCCUGUGACAGCUUCUCCUCGCGGUCCCCCGCCGAGGGCAGGCCGGGCCUGGAGCCGAGGGCGGCGGUGGAGCACACGGGGAAGCUGUGGGCCACGGUGGUGGGGCUGGCGUGGCUGGAGCACAGCUCGGCCUCCUACUUCACUGAGUGGGAGCUGGUGGCUGCCAAGGCCAACUCGUGGCUGGAGCAGCAGGACGUGCCCGAGGGCCGCACCCGGGGCACACUCAAGGCCGCUGCCCGACAGCUGUUCGUGCUCCUGCGGCACUGGGAUGAGAACCUGGAGUUCGAUAUGCUCUGCUACAACCCGAAUUAUGUGUAG